AGUAUGCUGCGGUGAAUAUGCGCGCCUCCUUGAAGUUUUUCCAUGUACAACCGAGGUUAGCACGUUUCCAAACGCUUCCGGCCCAGAGUGCUACGCUUGCUUCAAUGCUGCUCUGGCGCCGGAAGAAGGCUGGGAUUGAGGCCCCAGCUGUUCUUCCCUAUGCGGACGGCCUUCCUAGUUAUUACAAAGUAUCUCUGGGUGCGAAAAUCAUUUGCGUGUGUGCAGCGGCUACCGCGUCAAGCUGCGCUGUCGCCAUCGCAUACUCCUUCGCUUCGCCGGUCCUAGUGCUGGCACCAUGGCUAUACACCGCUGCGGAGGUGGUGUUUGCAGCCGUUUCUUAUUUUAGAUGGCGACGUUUUAACAGUAUCCAGCAUGAUGCGCACCAAACAGCUCGGAACGCUACCUUUGCGGCCACCGCAGCAGAGCGCUUUGACUUCGUUGCUGCGGCUCUUGCCCGAGGCGGGCCUACGGAGGUGGCUGCAUUCCUCCAGCUUUGGUUUCAUGACAGCCCGGUUGGCAAAAUCGGCCGCGGAAACCUACUUGAGCUGCUAGCGUACGCCUUUUUCUACUCGGACAGCAGCGCCUCUGUAGUGACUCAGGGCUACGGUCCCCAGCUGGAGCAGAUGGCGGACCGGCUGGAAGCGCUGCUGCACUCCUCCUCCUCCACCACCUCCAUUACCUCCACCUCCCUAGCGGACAAGACCACGCCUGGAUCCGCUGCAUCCCCUACAGACCUCAGCCCCACCAGCUCCUCCCCAUCUGGGUCACCUCAACCGCAGCCUCCUCCUCAGCCACAAGCCUGCCUGCCGCCCGGCCGCAACCCCCGGCUUCGCUUCAUGGCCCACAUGCACGAGCCGCUGCCGCACUUCUACCGCCCGCUCGCCUUCUACGCCGCCAUGGAAGCGCUGGCCUGGGUCAACCACUGCAUGCUGCUGGGGGCGGGGUUCAGGCGGGUGGCCGCCGCCGACACCACCACAGCGGCAGCUGCUGAGUUGGUGGCAAAAGAGGCGAAAGGAGGGCCUGCUGGGCUGGGCUUGGGUCGGCUAGACAUGGGCAUUUGCGGCUGCAAGGAGGAUCACUACUACUACGUAGCCAACAUGCCAGCAGCGGAGCGGGGCGGUGCUGCUGGCGGGGGGCAGGCCUGCCACCGCGCCUCCUCCUCCUCCCCUCCUGAGGUUCCCAUCGUGUUCCUGCACGGGGUGGGUAUGGGACUGCUGCCGUACCUUCGGCUGCUGGUGGCGCUGGCGGCAACAGGUGCCCCUGUGAUUGCCUUUGAGCUCAAGCACGUCUCUCAGCGCUGGACCUCCGCCGAGCCGCCCAGCCUGCAGCAACUCGCGGAGGAUGUGGUUUCGGCGCUGCGCCGCCACGGCUACAGCCGAGCUGCCGUACUCGCGCAUUCCUUUGGUACGGCAGUAGCUUCCAUCCUGAUGCAGUCGCACCCCGGUGUCGUACAACACGUCACAAUGCUGGAUCCGAUCUGCUUCCAGAUGUACACGCCUAGGCUAUUGCGGAACUUCAUUUACAGGCGGCUGGGUGCUACAGGCGCCGCGGCGACGGCGCAUGCAGCAGCUACUGCAGCUGCGGCGGCAGCUGCUGCUGCAAGUGCAACCGCCGCCAUGGCAGCGGCACCGGCAGCUGCGGCUGUGGCAGCCACGGCGGCUGCUGCAGCAGCGGCGGUGGCAGAUGUGGGCCCCUCCGGUUCAGCGGCAUUGCCGGGUUGCGGAGGAGGAGGGUGCUUAAUGCCACCGUCAGCUGCUACCCCCGCUGUUGAUGCUAGCAGUGACGGCUGCGACCCCAACAGCAGCACCAACAGCAGCGCAAACAGCGGCAACGCGAGCACCAGCAGCAGCGACGGCGGAAACGGCGGCGGCGGCGUUCUGGCUGCCGCUGGGUCUCUCCUGCGCACCCUGGCCGGCCUGCCGCUGGAUCUCCUCAUGCUGGGCCCCGCGCGGGAGCUGCACUGCACGGCACUGCUGUGUCGGCGGGUGGUGUGGAGCGAGGUGAACCUGUGGGAGCAUGCGGUACCUAAGAGCUGCACCGUGGUGUUGUCAGGACGCGAUGACCUCAUGUGCGCCCGCUCCCUGGAGCAAUGGCUCCGAGACCACACCCGCGCCUCCGUUGUCGUACAUCCGGAGCUGCUGCAUGCGCAGAUCUGCAUGGCAUGGACACGUCAGGACCAGAUCCUGGAUCGCAUGCUGCGGGACGUGUACGGCAAGAGGGACAACGGCUGCGGGGGCGGUGGCGUGGCAGAGGCGUUGGCUGUGGCAGAGGCGAAGGCGGCGCCGACGACCGCUGCGGCGGUGGUGAUCGAGGGAGCGGCGGCAGCAGCGGAGCUUCUGCCGUCAUCAGGCUCGUCGCCCUCAUCCCCUUCUUCGUCGCCGCCGUCACCGGCGGCACUGCGGGGCACUUGGCCGCACUUCCUCCACGCCGACGGCACCGCCGCCACUGCAGCAGGCGAUCUCCAGCCGUACAACAAGGCUAACGUCUACCGCUCCUCCUCCCUUCUUCACGGUGGCCGGUGCAAGCCCCGACAAGCUGCCGACACCUCGGCCAAAGCCGAGGCGGAUGAGGACUGGCGACGGCGGUGGUCGCGGCAUGAGGCAGCGGAGGAGGAGGAGGAGGCCGCCGAAAGUGAUGUGGAGCUCAUGUUGGGGGGUCAGGCCGGCGGCAUGCGCAGGAGGUGCGGCGGUCGAGGUGGCGGCAGUGGCUGCCGCAGCCGGAGGAAUGCAAGCGGGGCCGUACGACCUCUGCCUUGGGGUCGCAAGGAUGAGGGAGACGAGGGCGACGGAUACGUGGAUGGUGGAUUCGCUGAAGGAGGGUCGUACGGCGGCGGUGAAGCACCCCUUGCCGUACAGCAGCGCGCGCAGCGGGUACGACAGCACCCCCCGGUGGUACGGCAUGAUAGCGCGGGGUCGUAUCUUCGAAUGCAGUCGGCGGAGGGAUUGGGUAGCGAUAGCAGCGAUGGCAGCGGCAGCGAAGGCAGCGAGUGAUGAUGAAUGGAUGAUGACGGGCCUCGUCCUGAUAUGGGGCUUCCUAGUAGGCUGGGCCUGCGAGUGGUCUGUCGGUGAGGUGGAAGGUGGCAGUGUAGGGGUUAGGCAGGGGUCAAUGCUGGCCUUCACAAUGAACAAUGUGUACAACUAGAACGUUUUGCGUGGGUUUGUGUUCUCUCUCACCGUUAGUGCAACAAACGUACGGUACCAUACGACAAUUGUUGCCGCUUUCUUACGAGGGGGGCGCCAUAUUAAAUUCCGUGUCGUUGUACGACGUUGCAAAAGUUGUUGGUCUAGAUAACCGUAUUGGAACCGUGCCGUGGUGGGGAAAGAGAGUGGAAUGCUGCUGCCGGAGGGGGGGGAAGAGGUCGCUUUGGCCUAGGCUAUUGUAUCGAGGGGAGGGAGGAGGGUGCAGGAGAGGGAGCGUCGAGGAACGCAAGAUGUGCGAGGGAUGUGAGAGGGAGGUGAGGAGUGGCGAUGUAAUAUGAGGGGACCGCGUUGCUGAGCGAAGCUGUGCGGGAGGAGUGCCGAAGGUAUGUACUUUUCCUUUGUUGCUGGUUAUUGCUUAGGCUCUCGAGGGGUUUACUAAAAUGCGAGAUUGGGUUAGGCUUACGGUUUUCAGGCUCGCUCAGCCUGUAAGAUACAGCCGCUUAUACUUUGUACUGCUUAUAUGGCUGUCGAGGUGCCUUAGGAUUUUAGGGUUUUACCCCUGCUGUUAUCGGUUACGUGCUGGUUUCCUGGCGUAAACCAUUUCGAGAUGAGGGCGUAUUAAAUUUUGUGGUGUGGGGGUUUUCAGCUCUGCCGUAUUAAAACUACUAGAGAUUCAUCAAAUUCUGGUUCCAAGGCGAUCCAGUGCCUUUGGAGAGGGUGCGUGCUGACGUUCGGUUUCCUCGGUUGCGUGGAUCAUCACAGACGUACCCCGCUUUGAUUUGCCUGUGCUUGGUGACGAUGAUGCUGGGAGUGUUAGCGGAAAGAGUGCAAGGAGAAGCAAAAGCGAGGGGAAACUGAGGGUUGAGAGCGAGGGAAAACUGAGGGUUGAGAGUCGGUGUAUCUCGGUACGGUAUAUUUGUUCUUUUGGUAAUGUCCUAGUAUGCUUCGAAUUUACGAAUUGGGUUGUGUCGAUCAGCGCAGAUUUGCUGAAGCAGUGGCAACCGAAAUGACCCCAAACCCCUCCGAAUUGAUUGUGUUGUGCGCUGUUUGUAUUACGGAUAUGUUGGACGAUAGAAUGUUUGUUUGACGCGUAUUCAAUUGGUUUAGUACGUUCGGGGUAUCGGAGUAAACACGAGUAGAAUGGAACACAGUUUGGAUGGACCAGCAUGCUGCGCCAGUCGUGGGCAUCGUCUUACAGUGCUGGUCGGUUAGGGGGCCGUGUCGAAUACCUGUGGACGGGUUGUUGCUGUCGUUACUCAACACCUCAUCUAAACUGCCAUAUCAGGCAAGCCCUAUGAACUGCGGCAUCGCCAAGGUGUUGGAUCUGCCUUUCGUGUCAUGUGCGCCGUACCUCAUGCAGGCGAGAAAGGUGAUGGCAUGAGGCUCUCGCUGUAUGCAGUCCAUGGAUCAGCAGAAGAGCAAGCGUAAUGAAGGGAUAACGGUCAAGUGGUGCGGCCAGUAAUGCGUGUUGGGCAGCAAUAGCUCUGCAAGCUUGGCUGCUGAGAAGUGGACGGCUGUAACUUUCUUAUGA